AUCACAGGUUGCUGUUGCUGUUGCUGUAACUCAGUGUUUUCUGUUGAGCAGCGUCCAGAAUAAAUUUAGGUCACAACGGUUACACCAUACACUGUAAAUUAUCGUUGUUGUAAUUCUGACCAAUGGCUUUACAAGAGGUGUGUGGCUUUCGGGACAGCCCUGUCUACCCCAGGUGGAACACCCCUGCCUCUCUCUCCAUGGCAACAAGUGACAACAUUCUGCACUCCACCGUGUGGGAAGCGUUGGAGGGGCCGAGCACUGCGAGGGGGAGGGACGGCGAGGGUCCGCUGAGCUUGUACAUACCUGACCCGGAGCACCUUUCCCAGAAUCCCUUGCAGGCCGUCGCCCCGCCUUUCGAGCUGUGCCACGGAACCACCACGCUGGCGUUCGCGUUCCAGGGCGGGGUGAUCGCGGCGGGCGACACCCGGGCGAGCUGCAGGGGGCUGGUCUGCUCCCCGGACUCCCUGAAGGUCCUGCCGGUGCACCGGCGCCUGCUGAUGACCACAUCCGGGAGCGCCGCCGACUGCAUCCUGUGGAAGUGCAUCCUGUCCCGCGAGCUCCGCCUCUACCAGCUCCGGCACCGCCGCCAGCUGUCCGUAGGGGGCGCCGCCAAGCUGCUCUCGCACAUGCUGCACCCCUUCAAGGGCACGAACGUGUGCGUGGCCGCCAUGCUGUGCGGAUGGGAGGGCGAGGAGGACCGGAGGGAGUGGGAAACAGACGUAGUAAAGGACGAUCCAUUCGGCACCAGCAGCCGUUCAGAGGUGCCCGCCGGGGGGGCCGGGGGGGCCGGGGAGGGGAAGACAGAGGGAGAAACCAGGGCUCCAGGGGCCGAGGGGGAGGGGGAAACAGUCCUGGAGGGGCCGGGCUGUGCAGUCAGGAGCCCAGGGCCCUCGGGCCCCACGGGGCCCCGACUGUACUACGUGUGCAGCGACGGCACCCGCCUGCAGGGGGAGCUGUUCUCGGUGGGCUCCGGCUCGCCCUACGCGUACUCGGUGCUGGACGGCGGGGUGCGCUGGGGGAUGGGCGUGGCCGAGGCCUGCCGGCUGGCCCGCGAAGCGGUUUACCGAGCCGCCCACCGCGACGCCUACUCCGGCAACUGCGUGGACCUGUACCACGUCACCGCCACCGGGUGGCGCCGCAGAGACAGGGAGGACCUGAAGGAGGAGUACUACAGAGAGAUGGAGGGAGAGAGGGAGAAGGUGGAGGAGAGGAGGAGGGAGAGAGAGAGG